AUGAAUGAUAAAAUCAACGAUCGACAGACUUUGAAGGCUCUUCUUCCAACUAAAUACAAAGCUGGCUGUCGUCGCUUCACGCCUGCUGACAAGUACCUGGAGGCUCUAAACCAGUCAAAUGUAGAGCUCAUUUCAACCCCGAUCAAGCUGGUGGAGGGAAAUGCUAUAGUCACCACCGAUAACAAACGGCGAACAUAUGACAUGAUCGUUUGCGGCACGGGCUUUGACCCAUACGCCCCGAGGUUUCCAAUUAAAGGUAGCGGAACAGCUGACUUGUCAGAGCUAUGGUCAACGGAUGGGGGCUACGAGAGUUACUUGGCAGCAACAGUCGCAGGCUUCCCCAACUUUUUCGUGUUUAACCCACCUAUCUGCCCUGUUAAUGGUUCGGCAUACCCUGGGAUCGAGCGUACGAGUGAUUACAUCAUCAGAGUUAUCGACAGGCUACAGAAGGAUUGUCUAAGGUCAGUCUGUGUUAAGAAAUCAGCCCAGGAUGCCUUUAACCGCUGGGUUCAAUCACGCAUGCCCGAGAUGGUAUGGUCGGAGCCAUGCUCAUCGUGGUAUAAGUCCAAGAAAAAGGUAAUUGUUCCAUGGCCAGGAACAAUACUUCACUACUACUCCGCGACUGAAAUAGUACGAUGGGAGGACUACGAUCUCAAGUUUGAGGAUGAUGACCAAAAGUUUGCAAGUUUUGGAAAUGGUAUUACAGUAGAAGGAUUCACUCCGAAAAGUAUACCUUGGCUUCGAUGCAAUUAA